AUGUUAAAGGAUAUAAGUUCUAAGCUUGACGAGCUGUUGCCACUGAAGGUAGUAGACGGCAUAGAGGAUUCCUUGCAACUCUGGUCGGAGCAGUAUGAUGAACUGCGGAAAAUUACCGAGAAACGUGAACAGGAAAUUAAAGAACUCAGACGCCGCACCGAAAUACACGAGAAAAAUGAAAACGAUGUUAUUCAGCUCCAAGCUGAAAUCGACGCCCUCGAAUGGAAAAGCCGCCGCCUUAACCUUGAAUUUCAUGGCAUUAAACAGACAGAAAAACAAAAUUUCAUUGACAAGCUAAACGAACUCGCCACGCAGCUUGAGCUUCCACAGCUAUCGGCUAACGACGUGGUUGCGGUUCACCGCCUACCGUCUAAGAAAUAUAAAAUCCCCGGCAUUAUCUGUCGCUUUGCCAAGCAGACUGAUAGGGAUCAGUGGUGGUUGAACCGAAAGAAACUGCGUGACAGGAAUGAUGUGGUCUUUAUGAAGGAAAAUGUGACAAAACGAACACGUGCUCUUCUCUUCGCCCCUAAAAACUGGGCCAAAAGGGCAAUGUACAAGUAUGUGUGGCACAACAACGGUCGGGUACUUGUUCGCAAAGCGGACGGUGAACAGGCAGUGGUGAUUUCCACCGCAGAUGAUCUGGAUAAACUAGGCUAAGAGCUGCGUGCUUUGCUAAACCAAUGGCAGACACAAACGUUGACUUCUAUGUGUUGCCCCAAGAAUGUGAGCAACACAUCGGGAAACCGUUCCUUAAAUCAUUUAAAUGCUUUCACCUAAAUAUUCGUUCUGUUAUAAAUAAGUAGUCCGAUCUUUGUUUGUUCCUUGAACAACUCCGUUUUUCAUUUGAUGCAAUAUUAUUAACAUAAACCUGGUGUACGAAUGAUCUUGAUGUUUUGCGCCUUCCAUCCUACAAUACAUUUUAUUUAAAUCGUUCCUAUUCACGCGGUGGCGGUGUAUGCAUCUUGAUUAGGGAAGCAUUUACUUGCGAAUUAUUAUUCGAACUUUCUGUCAGCACACA